CCUCCUACGUGGCUCCGGAGCUCUACGGAACUUGAACAGAGACGAGAGCCUUCCUCCAUUUCUUCUUCUUUGGUCGUCGUCUUCCUUCUUCUUCCUUCUUCUUCCUCUGCAAAUCAGAAUGGCUAUCUCUGCAAUCACCGCCGGCAGCCGCCCUCAGCUCCUCAGCCUUCGAGGCAGAUGUUUGCAGCCAUCCUCAAGCUCGGCGGUUUCACUUCGAUUUUCAAAUUCCAGCCUCAGUCGGCGGAAACCCUUGUCGAUUCGAUCGGCCGCCAUUCCUGCAGCAUCCGAAGGGAUCAAGCCGGCGAUUUCCCUCACGGAUAGCGCCCUAAAACACCUGAACAAGAUGAGGUCAGAGCGCAAAGAGGAUUUGUACUUAAGGAUUGGUGUGAAGCAGGGAGGAUGCUCUGGCAUGUCUUAUACGAUGGAGUUCGAGAACAGAGCGAGCACAAGACCCGAUGAUUCCGUGAUUGAAUACAACGGGUUUGUCAUCGUAUGUGACCCGAAGAGCCUUCUCUUCAUGUUUGGGAUGCAAUUGGACUUCAGUGAUGCUCUAAUCGGUGGAGGUUUCAACUUCAAGAACCCAAAUGCUACCCAAACGUGUGGCUGUGGCAAAUCUUUUGCUGCAGAGAUGUGAAAAACAAAGACUAUUGCCUGUACAAAACAUGGCUGAAUCUUUUAGAAAAACAUAGAUAGCAUUCUGUAAUAUCCGAUGCCGAUGAUCCUGGUCAUUAAGUUUCCGCACUGCUGUUCUAUGCACUAGAGUAAAACUUAUCAGAAUGAGAGGAGAUGUGGAUUCACGAUACUAUGCAGGCCCUCUUAGUGAGAAGGCCAUUUGAUAUCAUGCUCAUGCCAUUUCGACCGAUCCGUUGACUUGCAGUGUGUUGAUGGAUCACAACAUGAAUACUUUCAUAUCGGACUGAAUUGACUAAUCUUA